GGGAUGCCAACAUGAUAUUGUCUGAGUUUGUUCCUCAGUUUACUUGGUCCCAAGACGAGAUUGUUCUUGACAUCGGUUGUGGACCUGGUGAUGUUUCGACAGAAGUGCUCCUUCAGUAUAUGCAAAAAGACAUCAGCUUGAAAAAUUAUUGUUGAUGUAAUUGUGUCCCGAGGCACACAAUGGUGGUCAGAAAAUGUAAAAAGGAUGGUGAGCCCUGAAUCAGGCCCCAGAGGGGCCGUCAAGUUGUGACGGAAACAUGAGCAUGUCAUUGCCUAAGGCACUUUGGGCCCCAACAGGAACUCUCCACACUACAGCAAAAAUUUGGAACCUGGGGUUGAACAAAAUUGUGGGAGUAGAUCUGAGCUCAAAUAUGAUCGAGUAUGCUAACGAAAAAUUUGCAAAUGACAAAAUUCGAUUUAAAACACUGGACAUAGCUACAAAAGACAUUAAGAAACACUUUCCAGAAAAGUAUUUCUCAAAAAUUUUCUCCUGCCAUUGCCUCCACUGGAUCCAAGAUAACAAACAGUUGGCCCAGAAUCUGUUCACGCUUCUGAGACCAGGUGGAGAGUUCUUAUCAGUGAUGACACCCUCCAGCCAGCUGUUCCUUGCCCUCAAACUGCUCAGCGGCUACGAACAGUUCAAGCAGUACUGCGAGGACAUCGACAGUGUCAUCCCACCCCUGUACUACUCCAGAAGACCACACAUGGACUUCAAGAAGAUUCUGUCUUCUCAAGGUCUGGAAGUGAUCACCUGCGAGUCCCGACUCAACCCUGUCACCUACCCCAACUUGGAGGUCAUGAGAAGAGCCUUCGAAGCCUUCAAUCCAUUUGUGAAGAGGAUGCCGGAAGAGGUGAAAGAGCAAUAUCUCGACUGUUUCGAGAGCCUGGUGAAGCAGCGUAUCCCGAUCUCAGAGUCCGGGGAGAUCCACAUCAAGAACCCGAUUGUGGUUACGUAUGCGCGGCGUCCCAUACCCUCCUGGUCCUUCUCUGGCCCGACGUCUCACAGCUGCUCCUCAAUCCACUGAUAGUAUACACGAGCAAAAGUAUUCCCGACUGAAUUCGGUUACAACGUUUCCAAAUAGUAUUGAAAGGCAGAUAGGUUCAUUUCACAAAUUAAAACAUCUAACAAUCCAGAAGUAAAAGAAAUAAAAAUUAGCUGGAAUUUUAUUUUUUUAAUUUGUGAAGAAAAUAGCCUAUUGGACACAAAAAGCUAAAAACAAAAAGCUGUGAUUUAAUUUAAUGUUAAAGCAGUUUGAAUGAAUUUCAAAUUUUUGACUGAACGAUUGACUGAUAUUUAGACCGAGUUGUAAUGAUAUUCAGUAUGCUUACUUUUGUAUGUAUGUGACGAAUGAUAAUGAGAAUGAAAGAAAGGCUUGUAUGUGAAAGCUGGACUUUCACAAAGUAAAAGUUAAUUAGAUUCAAUUCUAUUAUAGCUGUUAAGUACAACAUAAUUUUAAGUUGUGUUAAAAGUUUAACCAUUUACUUAUAAAAUUUUUACUAAACGUAUAGGGUUGUUAUAUUUUUGUAAAUAUUUUAUAAUAAACGUCUAAAGUGUU